AUGUCUUUAGAGAUUCUUGAAGAGUCGUCUUCCACCUCAGAGCACUCUCACGGUUAUUCUGAUUUAUCAGACACCGAGGUGCAAGAGCCAACGGACUUUUAUUCCGCAAAAACGUCUAUGGCGAGCACGCCCACCACAGAUUAUUUUCCUGACAGUGAAGAAGAAAUGUACGAUGAUGAGCCCAGCGAUCUUCCAGCCAUUCCCAUAACUUAUAACAGAGGUCGACGCACAUCUGUAAGCGCUGAAUCGAUGGCGCCAAGCCAAGACAGGGAUUACGUUAAAAUUGAGAUUCCCAAAACUCAAGAGCAACGACAACGAAUAGAGACGUCUAUUGCCAACAAUUUCUUAUUUAAAAACCUCGACGAGGAACAAUACAAAGAUGUUAUUGAUGCUAUGGUAGAGAAAAAGGUUGCACAAAACGAGGAGGUGAUUGUACAGGGAGGAAUUGGGGAUUUCUUUUAUGUCGUAGAAACCGGAACUUUCGAUGUUUAUGUUUCCAAGAACGGAGCAUUUCCAGAAUUAGUCAAUGGUUAUGGACCCGGCGGUAGUUUUGGAGAAUUGGCUCUUAUGUACAAUGCACCACGAGCCGCGACUGUCGUCGCAACAUCAGAAGCCGUUCUCUGGGCACUCGACAGAGUGACCUUUAGACGAAUUCUGAUGGAAAAUACUUCACGAAAACGAAAAAUGUAUGAGUCAUUCCUCGAAGAAGUUCCAAUUCUGGUUUCGUUGGAACCCUACGAACGUCACAAAAUUGCUGACGCUCUAGAAUCUUUGUAUUUUGAGGAUGGUGAAUUGGUCAUUAAACAAGGAGAUAUAGGUAAUAAUUUUUAUCUUAUAGAAGCUGGUGAAGCUCGGGUAACAAAAAUAGAUGAGGACGGUAUCGAACACGAGCUUCCUGGUUUGCAUAAAGGAGACUACUUUGGAGAACUUGCUUUACUCAAUAAUAAACCUCGCGCCGUAAAUAUUCGGGCAAAAGGUCGAUUAAAGGUUGCCACACUUGGAAAAAAAGCAUUCGUUCGAUUAUUAGGACCUGUUGUUGACAUUUUAAAACGUAACAGCGACAAUUAUGAGACAAUCACACGAAGCGUACAACAAUGA